AUUUCAUUCCAUUUUGAUGUUUUUUAAAUUUCACCUCAAGUUUGAUUUUUUACAGUAAUAUACCAUCAAAUGGUAAUAGCAUCUCCAGUUGCAAUUAACAAUGAAAUUACAAUUUUGACUUUUCGGAAGACCCCUCAACCAAAUAAAUAAAUAGAGUUUAGCAGAGCGAAAUCUGGAAGACCGUAGUUGCGUUUCUUCGUUUUCUUAUCAUCUGUCCAAAAUCUCAGUAAAAUCCACUUGAAAGCCGCCAUGGAAUCUCAGCAAAAUCCACUUGAAGCCGCAAAAACUGUAAUAGAUCCCGUGGUUGGCGAACUCAUAAACCUAGCAACCUCCUUGAUCAAAGACGAGUAUCAUUUGGUCCAAGGAGUCAAGGAAGAAGUCAUAAAACUCUCAAGUAAUCUAACAGCCAUUGAAGCGGUGCUUAAAAUUGCAGAAGAGAAGCGACUGGAAGAAACCCAUUUGAGAGAUUGGCUAAGAAAGCUGAAAAACGCAGUCUGGGAUGCAGAGGAUGUGUUGGAUACUUUUAGAACAAAUGCUUCUCUUUUGAAGAGAAAGCAAGAGGUGCGUUGCUUUAAGCCUCCUCUUAGUCUCAGUAAAACUUCUUAUAAGUAUGAUGCUGCACAUAAGAUCAAAGAAAUUUCGUCAAAAUUGGAAUUGAUUGCUGAAGAAAGGAAAAAAUUCCAUCUUGACAUUAAUUUUGAUGGUGAAAGACCUAGAAUGGAAGAACCCACUUCUUCUUUUCCGGAGACAGCUUGUGUUUUUGGUAGAGAUGAUGAUAAGAAGAGAUUAGUUGAUUUGUUGUUAUCAGAUGAUUAUGAAAGAGUAAGGAAUACUUCCCUUAUUCCUAUUAUUGGAAUGGGGGGUCUUGGCAAAACAACUCUCGCUAGGUUGCUUUAUAAUGAUAGGAGUGUGGAGAAGCAUUUUGAAUUUAGGAUGUGGGUCCGGGUCUCCGUACCGUUCAACCUUACAUCGAUCUUGAGGGAGAUGAUGGAAUCUUAUUUGGAAAUGCCUCUGGCGGUUGAUCUAUCUUCAAGCCUAGUACAGUCUCGGUUUCGAGAAUUUUUGCCAGGAAAAAGGUUUUUACUUGUUCUAGAUGAUGUCUGGUCCGUCGACUAUAAUAAGGACUGGAGUCCCCUUUUACAGCUCUUAGAAAUGGGGGAAAAGGGUAGUAAAGUUUUAGUUACUACUCGAAACCAUAAGGUAGCAAAGAUUGUAGAUUCGCGAUUUUCUCUCUUAUUAGAAUGUUUGCCUGAAAAUGAAUCUUGGUCUUUGUUUAAGAACAGAGCAUUUAGAAGUGGGAAUUUGUCAAGCUCAGUGCUCAAGGAUUUGGAAGACAUUGGCAAGGGAAUUGUACGGAACUGUGGUGGUCUGCCUUUGGCAGUCAAGGCUAUGGGGGAUCACUUGCAAGGUAUUGUCGAAGUAAGCAGGUGGAGAAAGGUAAUGAAUAAGAGCAUUAACGAGCUUGAGGAAUCGAUUAAUAUUCUGCCUACUCUAAAAUUGAGCUAUGAUUACCUUCCUUCUCACCUAAAGCGAUGUUUUGAAUUUUGUUCCAUAUUUCCCAAGUCGUAUGAUUUUGAUAAGGAAGAACUAGUGAAACUCUGGAUGGCGCAAUGCUUUAUUCAAUCCCAUGGGAUAGAUAGGGCAGAGAAGAUUGGAAUAGAAUAUUUUGAUGAGUUGUUAGCAAGGUCCUUCUUUCAAGUCUCAACUAUUCAUGGUAAGGUGCAGUAUAGAAUGCAUGAUCUUGUCCAUGACUUAGCACAAUCUGUUUCAAGCACCUAUUGUUGUCAAGUCAAGGAUAUUAAAUUGUGCAGCUUCUCCAAAGGUUAUCGACAUAUCUCAUUGCUCUCUCAAGAUAUCGAGCAAUCGGCCUUGAAGAUUGUUGAUAGUUCCAUCAAGCUGCGCACUCUUUUAUUACCUGGUGAUCACGUAAAAGACUUAGGCCAGGCCUUUGGGAAAAUAUUUGAUGGAUUGAAAUACAUUCGUGUGUUGGAUCUGAGUUCAAGCGUGCUUUUGCAGUUGCCAAAAUCUAUUGAAAAGCUGAAACUGUUGCGCUACCUUGACCUCUCAGAAACUGACAUUAAAGUGCUUCCCGACUCAAUAUGCAACUUGUACAAUCUGCAAACUUUGAAAAUGUUGGGUUGUCCUUGGCUUUUCUCACUACCCAAGGACCUUGGGAAGCUAGUUAACUUGCAUUAUCUUCAGCUGGAUGAAAUGUUCUGGUUCAAGUGUGAGGCCUUGCCUCCAUAUAUUGGAAAAUUAAUCAAUCUGCACAAUUUGUCAGCAUUUCGGGUUGGCAGCAAGACUGGAUAUGGAAUAGAAGAGUUGAAGGAGAUGGCCUAUCUCCAAGGAACAUUGCACAUUUCAACGCUUGAAAAUGCAGUGAAUGCAAAGGAAGCGAAGUUGAGUGAGAAGGAAAGCCUUCAGAAAUUAGUAUUUGAAUGGAGCAACAGAGUCAUUAAUCCUCGGGAUGAAGCAGCUGAAGAGAGGAUCCUCGAAGACCUGCUACCUCAUUCAAACAUCAAAGAGCUCCAAAUUUGUAACUACAAAAGUGUUGGAUUGCCAUCUUGGAUGAGAGAUGGACUGCUUCAGAAUUUGGUCACUCUAACAUUAAAUCAUUGCACGAAAACGAAAAUCCUCACUCUUGGUCAACUACCCUGUCUUGAAGCAUUGAACAUCAAAGGGUUGCAGGAGUUGGAGGAGUGGCCAAAUCUGCAAUUGCCUACCCUGCAUAGGCUAAAGAUUUGUGACUGCCCCAAGCUAAUAAGGUUACCUGACAUAUCCCAUAAGUUGGGUAUUCUGAAGAUCAAAAGGUGCAAAUCAUUAAAUGUGCUUCCUGUAACUCCAUGUCUUGAGUGUUUGAUGGUUGUUGAUAAUCCUAGUCUGAAAGACUGGAAUGAAGUAACAGUGCCGCUUGAAUCCAAGGAGGAAAAAUCUUCUCUUCCAACAUUAGCAAAAUUGAAAAUGGUAAACUGCCCUAAGAUAUCAGCAUUGCCUCAAGUUUUUUCUCCAACAAAGCUGGAGAUAACCAUGUGUGAAUCGUUGACAACCAUCUCAUCAACAGAGCAUAUGCAACAUCUUCAACAUUUAGCCUUAGACACAUGUAGUUAUGAAACUCUAGUGGGAAUAUUACCCUAUGCCAGCUCUCUUUCUUCCCUUAUCAUAUCCAACUUAGAAAAUCUGGUCUCUUUUCCAAAAUGGCCCCAUCUUCCUGAGCUCAAGGCAUUGUACAUCCACUGUUCCAAGGAACUUGUGUCUUUGUCACAAAAAGAAUCACUACGAAGCUUGAAGUCUCUGAAGCUCCUGUCUAUCAAGGACUGUCCAAAGCUUGUGUCAUUGCCAGAUGAAGGGCUACCUGUUUCUCUUGAGUGCUUGAGCAUUAAUUCAUGUGCUAUAAUGGAUUCCCUAGGCCCUAAGGAGAUACUGAAGAAUCUUACCUCACUUAAGGACCUUCACAUCCAGGAUUGCCCCCUGAUUCAUUCAUUCCCAGAGGAUGGUCUUCCUGCAUCUCUGCAGCAUUUACAUAUUCAAAAUUGUCCGCUCAUAACAGAACGAUGCCAGAAAGAGAAUGGAGCAGGUCCAGAAUGGCCAAAGAUCAUGAACAUCCCUGACCUGGAAAUUGAUUGAACUAAAAUGUCGAAACCAGAUUCAACACCUAGGUGCUGUCAUUUCAUUUGUGCCAGAGGUUAGUAUUGUUAUUUAGACUCCCUUGUAAAUCAUAUGUCAGUAAUAUAGUUAAAUUGCAGCAAUGCAGACCGCAGUAUUUAAUGCGUCGUAUUUCCUAAUUGUUCUUCUUUAUGACCUAUUACCGUAUAGCAAGUUUAUGUUGCUGCUGCAAAAUUAGCUUUGGACUUGGAAACUCCUGGAAUGAACUUGUAUUCCAAAAAUUUCCUGCAAAGGGAAUCUACUUAACGUUGAAAACCAAGAACAUUUGAAUCCCUGUCC